GUCGCGCUCUGCGGACGCUCUACGCUGCCGACUCCCGGGUCGCUCUACGGCUGGAACGGGGAUCACGCCGCUGGUGGCGGCGCACGUGGAGACGAGACCCGCUCUUGGCUCACGGCGCGGCUGGUCGGUCAGCACGGAAAAUUCUCACCACGUUCACAAUUAUCUCCAUUAUAAUGACCGGGAAUGAUGUUAAGCAGGCUCUCAGAAAGUUGGAUUUUCCUUAUUGCGCCAGGGAGGCUCUAUGCAGAAUCGAAAUACUCUGCUGCAGACCUGGCAAGCAAGUUGACCUGCAAAUGGAUUUGAUAUCAGAGUUUGUGUUUGGAGAGAUAGAGAAGCGAAAAAAACGUAACAUGACCAUGGCAAUACAAGAAUUGCAACUGAUAGAGAUUAUGAGUGACUUCUUCCAAAGUCCAGGUGGCACACCUGCAGUACGUAAUGCCCUUUUUUUAUCGCUCUUCCCAGCAGACAGUUUCAGGUAUAAGACUUUAGGUAACCUGGUGUCUUUGGCAAUUGCCACACAAAACAAAGCUAUUCUGAAUGCAGCUGGCAUCUGGAUGCAGCAAUUGGGCUCAACCUCGUUGCAAAGUGUGGGACUGGCGAGGCAUAUACUCAAUGACUAUUUUGUGCUUACUCCAAAAUCUAUUGAUAAGCUAAAGCAACUACCUGUACUAGCACCACAUUUUACUGCAAACUUAUUAACAGCGAUAGGUGAAGUUUAUGAGGAUAAAGAUCCGCCUACGGAGUUACUCAGAUUGGUAGGUGAAUGGAUUGAUGAAAAUCCAAGUUUACUAUUGACUCUCUUAAUGGACAAUCCAGCAUUGCCCACGGGUGGGAUUCCAAUGACACCGAUAACUCCUAUAGCAGGCCUGUUCAGAUGGUGCAUAUUAAGUCCUCUACGUCAUGAUGCCAUGGGAACUACAGAAAGUCAAGAGGAGACGCGAAAAUUUCAUUCAAAAGUUCAACAGUUGCUCAUGGAUUCAGUAUUACGUCUAAAUAAUAGUGGUAACAACAAGCAUGCGAUAUCAGCGCAGCAUUUAGCAUCCACUACACGUUUAUUGACGACAAACUUGCAAAAUCGCACAAACAUAGACAUGGCUUCGCGCGAUUUAGCCAUGGAACGACUCGCGCAAGCAGUCAGCGCUGCUAUGUCUGUAAAUUGUAUUUAUGGAAAUAAACAAGAAUUAUUGGCGCUUUUGCAACCAUUAUCAUAUCAACAUUUCUUAAUUGAAUGGACAUUACAGACUUAUGCAACUAAAGCAACUUGAGGCAUCAUGUGACGAUAAUGUAAUUUAAUUUCAGCAUUUUAGUAAUUAUUGUUUGUAUAUAAAAAG